AUGAUUGAUCUUUCCAGUAUAAAAGCAACACUUCUGGACGGCACUUUGAUUGGAAUUAAAUUUUUUGACAAUAAUCAAACAGCUAAUGUAACUGGAGCAAUAAUCAAGAACUAUCCAACACCAGGUUUAGUAGAAUUCAUAUUGUAUGGCGUGGUUAAUCCUCUAUCUACUGCCUAGAAUAGAAUAAUAUCAAUUUAAACAAUACAUCCAUUGAACGCAAUGAUAAUUGACUAGGGCAAUUUUAGCUUGACAAGUGCAUCUCCUACUAAUUUCCCAUUUACUUAAUUGACUGUGACUGACACUACUGUCUCAGAAAGAGCAUCCUAUUAGAUUGAAUUUUACUUGAACAUACCGGUGCUAAGUGGGUGUUAAAUAUCCAUAAUUUUUCCAACCUAGGAAUUUAAUCUUUAAACAGACGGAAUAUCAGAUGUCUAAAUUAGCGGUAUAUUAGGUCCUUAGCAGACAAUAGCUCAUUCAAUUUCAUCAAACACUUUGAUUCUAAAUAAUGCUUGUAAAUAAGAUUUCUAUUCUAGUAGCUCCAAUAGAGCAAUUAUAAAGAUAAAUGGAAUAAAAAAUCCACCUGUUGCAAAGCUAACAAAUUUAAUAAAUCUACUGUUAAAAGACACUGCUGGAGGCCAAAUUGCUUAAACUGACACAAGUUCUAAUAAACUAUAAUUCAAUUCAUCACUAGGGUCUGUAUAUUUAGGGAAUAUAUAAAUUCUUGAUACCACAGCUACUAACACUCUGUCUAAAUUCAAAUUUAGUUUCACUCCUCAACAUACAAUGACAUCUAACUAUCAAAUUGAAUUUUAGUUAUUUGAUACUGACUACUAAAUUUAGAGUAGUUUAUAAAUAGAUAGCUCAACUAUCCCUAAUAUUGCUUCAGUGAGUAUUGUUUCUUCUGGGUAAAAAAUUUAAUUAAGAGAUUUUACUAGUGCAAUUAAUACUGGUACUUAAUAUGAUAUCGUAUUUUCCAAAAUACUCACAGCAUAAUCUUAGAAAUAACUAAGUACUAUUCAAAUUACAAUUUCUUAAAAGAUUUUGGUCUCAUAAGGAGGGGAUGGAACUACUUAUUAUGGGGCUGCAAUUGGAAUUUUCUCUGGAAACUAUUUUACUCCCUCACCUGGAUUAUUCUAUCUUAUUACUGCAUCUUCUGGAGCAACAAGAGCUGCAGAAUCUACUAUUUUCUAUUUCUAGAUUAAAGCCUAAAAUCCUAUACCUCUAGGAGGAUAUUUGCUUUUAUACUAUCCUAACUCAAUAACUUCUCCACAACAGUAUUCUUGUCAAAAAGAUGGAGUGCAAACUGAAUGCUAAUUCACUUAGAGUACCAGAGUAAUGAAGUUCUAUGGUUUAGCAAAGACUUCAAAUUAUCCCGCUAAUACUGUUAUUAAUUUAAGGAUAGCGAAUGUUAAUAAUCCAAGAUCACCUUAAGCCUCAACUUAAUUCAAAGUAGAAACUUAUGAUAAAUAUGAUCUUUUAGUAGAUACUAGUGAUAAUUCUAGCCCAAGUAACAUCAAUACAGUAAUAACACCUACUGAGCCAUCUUACUUCAGUCAAACUAAAGUCCAAACUAGUUCCUCUACUGUGGGUGCUACGGGUGUAACUUACACUUUUUCAUUUACUACUCCCUCAUUCUUGAUAAAUGGUGAUAUUCUUAAGAUUACUAUCCCGGAUGAAAUAACACUUCCAACCAUAACAUAAGUCAAAAGUGAUCAGAUUAGUGGGACUGUUUAAUACUCUAGAUAAGGAGAUAAGAUUAUUUUAAUAACACUUGCAUUUGGAACUGGAACUAUUUUUGCAGGUGGUAAAGUCUUAUCAGUAGGAAUAACAGGCUUUAAUAAUCGAAUUACAACCUAAGCAUCUUCUUCGUUUAUCCUAGAACUAUUUCAGAAUGAUAAUAAAAAAAUAUCAGUUUUGGAAACACAAGAUUUAAUAGUAUAGUUAAAGUAUCCUGCUACCAUCACAUCUGGAUUCAGUAUUUAGAAUUUUCCUUUAUCACCAAGGACAGUGAUGGAGGUCAAAAUAAGUUUUAAUACCUUACAUUAGAUUCCAUAAAAUUCAAAGAUCAUCAUUACCUACCCAAAACUAUUGAUGUCCAAUUAUUUUUCAAUUUCAGCAAGUAUAUAAUCUCCAGCUCAUGCAAGCAAUACUUCACUUUAAUUGACAAACAAUAUUGCAGCAGGCUAGUUAAUCUUGCAAAAUAUUUCACCACAAUUGAUUAAUCCUAAUUAAUAAGUUCAACUUCAAUUUUAUGGAUUUGUUAAUGCUGAUUCAUCAAGUUUUGCUGAAACUUUCAAAUUAGAUAUUUUAACUUAGGAAAAUUAUUAGAUAGAUAGCAUCACAAGCAACUUGAUAGUAACGGUAAAAUGUGAUUAUCCUUGUGGAGACUGUAUACCUGCUGCGAGUAAGAAGUAAUGCACAGCAUGUUUAAGUAAAACACAAUUCUCCCCACUGAAUGUACUUUAAAAUAAGGAAUGUGUAAGUAGUUGCAUAGAUGGCUACUAUCUUUUGUCUAACAGUUCUGCUCCACCAACCUGCUAGAAAUGCCAUGCUAAUUGUACUACCUGCUACGGAACUCCAACUAAUUGUACAAGUUGCGCUAGAUCUUCUAAGAUUCCUGCUCUAUUUAAUAACACCUGCUUAGCAGAAACUGCUUGUCCUUAGGGAUAUUUUUAUAAUAGAACAGGAGGGUAAUGUUCCUAAUGUUCCUAAAAUUGCUUAAAUUGUACUGGAUCAAGUACAGAAUGCACUUAUUGCCCAUAGUAUCUUAGUCUAUUUAACAAGACUUGCAUUUAAUAAUGUCCUUCAGAUAUAACAAUAGCUAAUACCACAAAUAGGACUUGCAUGUCAUGUGAUUCUAGAUGCAAAACUUGCAAAGAUAAUAGAAGCAAGUGUACAUCCUGCAUUGAAGGACUAAGAUUGAAUCCAUUUACAAAUGUCUGUGACAAAUAUUGCCCAGAGCUUUACACUGUAGAAGAGAGAAAAGGGUUCUGUGAUGAAUGCACAAACGAUUGUGUCACUUGCUAGACAUUUAGAAAUCGUUGUAUGUCUUGCUAACCAGGCUACUUCUUAAGUUUAAAUCAAUGCCUCUCAAGAUGUGCUAGUUCUGAAAUAUAUUACUCAAAUGCUUGUUAAUCAUGUGCUGAUGGAUGCAGUACAUGCAAAGUUAACCCUUAAAACUGUACUGAAUGCUAAAUAGGAUAUUUUUCUUACAUGAAUAGCUGUUAUUUAAGAUGUCCUAAGGGUACUAAUGCUGAUUUUGACUCGAGAUAAUGUGUAAAUAUAACUUGCCCGACUGGUUAUGAGUUUGAUUCUAAAGGAGAUUGCAGCUAAAUUAUCACUAAUAUUCAAGAUGAAUGUAGCAAAGGCUAGGAACAUAAUUGGUAUUUUGAAAAAUGUAUAAAUGAGGCAGAAUUAUUUAUCCCAUUCCCUAUUCUAAUAUUUCUAGCUAUAAUGACUCUGAUCUUAGUCAUUUUCGUUAAAUGCAAGAAAUACAAAUAAGUGAAUUUGCUUCAAACUAUCAUCUGUAUGUGGGCUAUUUUUGAACUUCCUAUUUUCGCAGCAUAAAUAGUUGUCUGCAUUCUAUAUGAACACUGGAUUCCUACAUUUAUAACAUGUGGAGCAAUUGGAAUGUUCUAUAUCCUUAAUUUGAUUUCAGGUUGUUAAUUCCACACAAACAGAUAAAUGGAUUAGAACUUUGUGAUAUGGAGUUAGGACAAGCAUCCAAAUUCGUAUAAAAGAAUUGUGAAUUUUUCUAUCCUAUAUAACUAAAAGCUACUAAGACUUUUUACUUGUGGAUUUAUGGAUAGAAAAUAUUAUUUAGCUAGCUUCACUAAUAUUUAUGUAUUUUUUACUUCUCCAAUUAGAUCUUACUCAUUUUGGUGUAUUCUCCUUGUGUAUACAGCAAUCGCUGCAGCUGAUAUUUUUAUCAUCAUAACUUUUCAUUGGUUUCAUUAUAUAUUUAUCAUUGCUAUUGAAACAUUAGUAUUUGUUGUAAUAAUGACUAUAUUGAUGUAUGCUGAUUAUUUAUAAAUUAAGAGCCAGUAUACCAUUGAAAUAAAAAUUAUUCCGAAAAUGACAACAAUGACUAUUGGAGAUUAGUAAGAUGAUCAUGAUGGUCCAGACCAUGAUCAUUAAAAUAUAUUAAUGGAUAAUAGACCCAAUGAGCAUAUAAGUUUGCUCUCUCAAAUUUAGAAAGACCAAGAGAAGGAUAGUUCCUAAAAUGAUCAAUUAAAAUAAUCUCAAUUUAACUCAGACAGAUCUCCUAAGAAAACGAAUAAAGUAGAAAAAGGAACUGAUGAGUAUAAAACCGGUGAAUUUAAGGAGGAAACAUCUCAGACUAAAAAGAAUAAUACAACUUUUAAACAGAAUUACGAUGAUUUACCGCCAAUCAAUCUCAAUAAAAAACUCAUGUAGUUCUAUGAGGAGCAAAAGGAUGAUGGUAUAUCUAUAGAUUAUGUAGAGGAUAGUCCAGAGAAAGACUCUAAAUCUCUUAAUUCUUCCUCUUCUAGUUCCAGUUCAUCAGAAAAAAAGACAAAAAAAGGCAAGCAUAAAUCAAAUGAGACAAAUAUAAUGGAGGAAUUAGAGUUAAUUAAGGAGUAAAAGCAUCAUAAUCCCAAUGAUUUAAAUAGCAAUAACAUAGGCUACGAUCAAACUCGCCCACUUACAAUAAGUGGAGGUUCGCUUGCUAACGAUAUUCACCGAAGUUCAGUAUUUUCAGAUUAAGAGAACUCAAAAUUUCUGCAUUAGCCUUAGAAUAAUCUUUUAAACUCAAACAGCAAUACACCAAAUAAAUAUCCUAACAAUACUAGUAAUUCUAAAUCAAAUAAUCAAGGAACAUCAUAAUCAUUAGAUAACUCUAAAUUCAAAUUUAACGAAGUUGAAAAUAAUCUAGACUUGAAUUCAGAGUAUAUCAAGCCAUUUGAUAAGCCAAAGAAGUUGAUUAAAGUUAAAAAACAAGAAAAUGCAGCUAAUAAUGAUGAUCAUCAAAAAGAAAAUGAACCUUUAAAUUUUCAGCCUAAAUAAAUUGAUUCCUCAGCUUUAAAAGUUGACGAUUUUUUCAAUGACGAUAGUCAACUACAAAUUCAAAUUCAUGCAAAGAAAAGGUAAUUAAAGAAAAAAGCGCCUUCAAAGGAUUAAGAGAAACAGGAGUUAAUUUAAAAUCAAGAUAAUUAGGAUUAGAAUUCACCUAAGGAUAUGCAAAAAAAGUAAAAUAAUUUCUUAGACUGA